UACACACACGCGCGCGCGUGCACGCGGCCACUUACAUGCAUGCAAGCGAGUGUGAUGCACGUAUCACAGAGUGACAAUUUAAUUCAUUAAGGCUAUUUUUUAGAAAGUCGUGCUUUUAAGCGGAAGCGCUCUGGCAGAAUGCAGAAAGAGCGCAGAUGUGGGAAGCUGUACGGCUCUGUGUCGAGAGUGGACCCGGGAGAGGACGCGCACAGAACAGUUCCUCCCUCAGAUGAAGACGACGUUGUGUCCAUGGCAGACUCCACCAUCACUGUGGAUGACAUUGAGGGUGAGCUGUUCAAAAUCGAGAGGAUACGAGAUGUGCUGGUGCGGAGAGAGUCUGAGCUGAGAUACAUGAUGGAUGAUAUUCAGCUAUGUAAAGAGAUCACAAGGCUUAAAAAAGAGCUGCAGAAAUUGGUAUCGAUCCCAGAUAAAGACAAGUCCAGUGAAGACCGGCAGCGUGAGGAGGAGCUUUUGCAGCAGAUCCAUAAGCUGGUAGAGACUCGGGACUUUCUGGUGGAUGAUGUGGAGUUUGAGAGACUGAGGGAGCAAGAAGAGGACAAAGAGAUGGCUGAGUUCUUACGGGCAAAAUUUCCUGCAAGCACUACCAAGAAAAUUUCCACUCAGAAGAGAAGAAUGACCUCUAGGGCCCAGGUCUCAUCUCCAAAAGUGACCAAGGCUGGCCUUACCCUUCUUAAAGAAUGCUGCGGUUUUACCUGUUCUGUCAUGUAGAAAAGAGAUGAUGAGAGUGACAACAAAAAUGAGAAAAGAAGUGAGAUAAAACAAAAAAGAUGGUGAAAAGUCCAACAAAAGUGCAGAAGCAGAAGAAUUGAUCUGUAGGCAAGAUGCUUUUUACACAACAGUAUAUUUUAUUAGGUAUUGAGGAUUAGUCUCAUUAUUGAUGUACAAAUUGUGGAAAUUCUUUUUAAAAUCAACAAUGAGAUAAACAUUAUGCAAUGUGAUUCAAGUGAAUUUAUUGUAAUUAUGCAGCAGUGUCUGUCUGUCUUUCUGUUGGUAAGAAGUGUACAAAGGUCAAUUUAAACCCUUCGGUAAUCAAUAGUUUCAAUUAACAGUAUUUUCCCUUGUUGUCUGUCCUUGUGAAAAUGGGGGGAAAAGAAGGUGGCUUUGAGUUGCAUCAGCUUUUAACUUCGCUAUAUUAUGUUUGGCAGUGCAAGCUUGGUGUGUUUGCAAUGUUCUGACUCUGAAUACAGCUCUGUUUUAACUCCGCUUCAACCACUGUCAUGUCCUUGAGAGAGAGAGAGAGAGAGGAGAGGAGAGGGGAGGGGAGGGGAGGGGAGGAGAGGAGAAGAGAAGAGAGAGGAGAAGAGAAGAGAGAAGAGAAUGAGUAACAAGAAAGAGAUUACAGUACAAACUAACCAAGUAGAAUCAAAAGAAAUGGAUGCAUGGACUAUACGCUGAGGGGAUAUAAGCAGAAUCAAGAACGGAAGUUAAAACAGAUUUGAACAUAAUUGUGUGCUAUUAUGUACUACAAUGCUUCAAUAUUUUUCUGAUCUGAAGCAUCGCUAUGCUAAAAACUGGAGGUCAGGUAUCACACAUGCUGUUGUUUAUAAUUGAUUUUAAUAGGCUGCACAAUCCAUAUUGUGAAUAACAUAUUCUAUAUAGACAUAAAAAACAAAACAAAAAAAAACAUGCUGAAUUAAAUAUAUUAAACCUCUGUUUUGUCAGCGGCUGUGAAGUUCCACCUAUUUUCAUGGCUUCUUUUAAGUGUAUUGUGCUCUUUUUCAUCUCUAACUGUGUUAACUACUGAAUGUGAAGACAGCAACUAGCGUUUGGUUUGUAUCAAAGAAGAUUUCUUCCCUGUCUUUACCUCAGCAGUUUGUAAAGUUUGAUGUUUUUGGUGGUCAUGUAAGUGUCACUAAAUGAAAUUUUUCAGUAAAGAAACU